GAUUGUUACAUUCCUACGGCGGUUACGUUUUUUUACAGCUGUGUGCUGAAUCCUCAUCUCCGUGCACAAUGGGUGCGUGUGCCUGUGGCACAUCAUACAUUCUGAGGUGGCUACUGACGGCUCUGUUGUUCUUGGCUGCUGUUCGGCCGACGAGCAGUGACUGCCCCAAAUCAUGCGCCUGUCACGUCCCGACAGAGGUGCACUGCACCUUCAGAUACCUGACCGUAGUACCUGACCACAUCCAGCCAGCUGUGGAAAGAAUUAACCUCGGGUACAAUAGUCUGACUGUCUUACGAGAAAAUGAGCUUUCAGGACUUGAGAAUUUAGAGCUGUUGAUGCUGCAUAGCAACACUAUUGAGAGUAUCGAAGACAGAGCCUUCCAAGACCUCAAGUCAUUACAGGUCCUCAAAAUGUCUUACAAUAAAGUCAAAAGACUCAACAAAGGGACAUUGAAAGGCCUGGACAGUCUGCAGAGACUCCACAUGGACCACAAUCACAUUGAGUUCAUCAACCCAGAGGCUUUCUAUGGCCUUACCAAUCUGCAGUUGGUCCAUCUGGAGAGUAACCACCUCCAGCAGCUCCACCCAGACACAUUCAUCACACUGAGACACAGUCAAGUGUUCAAGGUGUCCUCAGUGAAAAACAUCCAUCUGUCAGACAACCUCCUCACCACACUGCCUGCAGAUAUUUUUGCAGGAUGCAGCCAGUUAGAGAACCUUUUCCUCCAUGGUAAUCCCUGGACAUGUGACUGCCGUAUGAAGUGGUUCCCGGUGUGGACACAGAGAAACACAGGUGUGCUGAAAUGCAAGCGGGACAGGAGAUAUCCAAGAGGACAGCUAUGUCCUGUUUGUGAAAAUUCUUCAUCUUACCACAGCAGACCUCUAUCUCUUCUCCCAGAGGAUGCCUUCACUUGUACAAAACCCUGGAUCCUACCUCAGCUAAAGCAGAAAAACAUCAGCCUGGAUGAAGGGGACUUUACUCCAGUUUCCUCCAAGGAUUUCAUUGCCCCAUUAGGCUCCAUACAAAUGAACCUGACUGACCAGUUUCACAGCGAUGCCAGUUUAUCCUGCACUGUCCAGAGGCCCUCUUCUUUUGAGAAUUUAACACAAACCUUGGAGGAAGAGGGGGGAAACAAUGUCACUGUGCUUACCACUAGCAUGACUACCUAUUUGGUGUGUAACAUUGACUAUGAACAUAUCCAGCAACUGUGGCAGAUCCUGGCCUCCUACAGUGACUCUCCCAUGAGGUUAGAGAGAGGUUUGAUGCUUGCCAGAAGCCCGGAAAUGGUUUACAGAUACAGUCAGUUACAAACAAAAGAGGAAGAGGAAAGGAUUCACACGAACAUUAAGGCCGACAUUAAAGCCUCCCCUGCAUGGCUGAUGCAGGGAGAGGUGAGCUUCCAGCUUGACCGCACUACUACCACUUUCUCCACACUGCAUAUUAAAUACCAGUCUGUGGUCAACCUACGUGUGGAAAACACAUCACCUAAGAAGGACCACUACUCCUGGGCCAUGAUCAAGAGAGAUAAUCAAACCAAGACUGAGCACACUGUACUUGCAGGUGGUGUGGCACAAUUGAGCUGUCAAAUCCAAGGUGAGCCAAAGCCUUUGUUGGAGUGGAUAUUACCCGAUGGAAGUAAAGUCAGAGCCCCUUACUCCAGGGAGGACAGGAGGAUCAUAAUCACUGCUGAAGGGAAGCUCACUCUGCAGGCUGCAGAUGCCUCAGAUACAGGCCUCUACCAAUGCAUUGCCACAAACUACCUGGAUGCGGAUAUCCUUGUGUUUCGGGUGACAGUUCUGUCAGCUGAUGUAGAAGAAACUGAGGUCAAUGGUGUCCAACUCUCAAGGCCACUGGGUGAAAAUCUGGUAUUCGACUGCAGCUCCUCUGGGAGCCCUGAAGCCUCGGUACAGUGGAUCCUCCCUGAUCACUCAGUGCUGGACAAGUCUCAAGGAACUAGAAAGGUGUAUAAGAACGGGACACUGCUGAUUCAGGGUCUCACAGUGAGGGACAGAGGGUUUUAUAGAUGUUUGGUUGCCAAUUACCUGGGAGUUGACCUGCUAGUGUCUCAGGUGACCGUGACUGAGCAAACAUCUGAAGAGGUGAUAGUUUUAGAUAGAGAGGGAUCGGGGAUAGAAAUGGGCUUCAAGGUGGAGCCUAAUUUUACAGAAAAGACAGUCAAUCUCAACGAGAUCCCUUCUACCAGUACCACAGACAGAAAUAGUCAGGAAUCUAGGACCGUCACCUCAGAUCGACCUUUCCCCAGACUCAGGUCACAGGGUAGAGGAGGCGCUGGGGGUAGACUGGGACAGAGAAGGAGGAGGCCAGUCAGCACCAGACGCACCUGGAGUAGAAAGGUCUUCGAUAAAGCUUCCAGAAAACUAAAUUUAGAGAAAUUUGCUGAAUUAAUGAAGAAGGCUCAAGAUGGAUCAAGAAAAAAGAGUGACACUGAGAAAGAGAGAUUGACAUAUGAAGACUCUCAACCUGGUUAUUCCGGUGAUGGUGAACUUGGAUCUGGUGUGGGUCAUAAUGAAGACCAUCUUCUUGUUGUGCCAAGGACAAUUAAACCUGCUAUAGAUAAUCCACAAGAUAUUAAAAUAUUUAGGCAAGAUAUUCAGACUGAGGCAACAAAAGUAACACAGAUAGGUCAGGAUCAUAUUUCAGCAACAACAGGGGCUCACCAAACUGUUGUCAUGAAAACCACAGUAAGUGAUCACCUUGAUAUUAGUACAAUAACAGAAAAUACAAACACACUAACAACAGAGUCGUAUAUGCAGUCAGACUCUACACCAAUCAAGUCCACAUUCACUGACUAUCCAAGGUUUGUUGACAAGACCGAGUUUUAUACCCCUGAGAGAACCAGUAAGCCACCCUCAAACAUGCACCCAGUCACUCUCCAACUAACUGUGACCGACACCUCACAAGAAACUCAGCUCCAGUUCUCAGGAGAACAACUCACAGAGCCAGAGACAUCAACAGAAGCAAUACUUUCAAUUACCACUGACCCUAACAUUACUCUAAUGAGGGACGGCCCAGGAACAGUGGGGCUAGUCAUCCAUACAGACCCAGAGAGCCAGACCACAUUCACAGCUGUUACCACCACAGAGAGACAGAAAGAUGAGAUCACCUUCCACACCACACAAACAAUCAAAUCCCCACACCUGCCAGCAGGAUCCACCAUCAUCUCCCGGCAGCAGAUCCACAUCAUCCCACACAAGAACAGCAGGGGUGGGAGCCGCAGGAGGACUUUCCAAGGCCGCAGGAGGAUUAUAAAGCCUAACAAAAUCACUGAUAUACAGUCCUUCAUCAGUAAACUUAAACAGUCUUCAGUGAAAAAUGAAGGGAACACUUCGGUGCCAUAUCGAAUUGAGUUAACUACAGCCUGUAACGAAGACAAAAAAACGACAGUAGCCACUGAUGUGCACAUGGUCCCACCAACAGCUUCCUCAAGUUCAUCUUUACACAGUGCAGAAAGAACUACCACCACACAGUCUAGGGCAGAGGAUUAUGUUGGGAGUGGCAACAUAUCCGGACUGAAAAGGCCAUUAAUCACCCAAAAGCCCUCAACUACAGCACAAACUACACUAGUGACCUUAACUAAAACCCCUGCUGCUAUGCCCACCACCACUGCAAACUCACUGGUUGAACCUAAGACUCUAUCUCCACCAAGAAACAAAGAGAGCAGAGAGAGUUCAUUAGAUGAUGACUAUGGAGAUUUAUCCUCUGCAGACUUUGUGUUCACAACACGAAGACCCAGCUUUCAACAUAUAACAACGACCAGUUCUUCUUAUUACUCCAGGUCCUCCACUACUGCUGAAACACCACCAGAAUCGCAGACUCUACCUUCCCCACCUACUGUCAAGCCAACUUUCAAUAAAAAUCCUGAUGAAUCUUUAUCAUCUGGGUCUGGUGGACUCCCUGAUAACUGGGUUGUAAUUAGACAGAGGCCUGGUGGGACAAGAGGACGACAGGGGCAGAGAAGAAGGCCAUUCGGGGGCAGGAGACACUUCAAGAAACCUGAAGUAAAUAAAGUAACUUCUACCACAACUGAACAUUCAACUACAGAAACUACAUCUUUGGAAACUACAAUAGAGACUACCCCACCUCCUCAACGAACUGAUUCGCUCUAUAAGCCCCUGUACACACUAUCGCAGAAAGAGGACAGAACCACAGUAGCUGUUUCUGCUGACCAAAUGUCAAUGGAGACUGACUUGUUUGAGGAAUUGAACUCGAGCAGUUUACCUACCUAUACAACAAAGACACCUUUCAUGACUAUAAAAAAUAACCCUACCACCACAUCAAUACCAGCUACCACAAAAAGGUCUUACACAACAGUUCAGGCUAGAGGCCACAGCAACAUCAGACCAUCAACACAGUGGAACAAUGCUCAAAACACUCACAGGCCACCAAUGAGCGGAAUCAAACCUACCGUGCAAAGCAGUGCUACCAGGGGCAGUGCAGAAAAGGAACUUACUUUUGACACAGUGACCAUUCUUACAGCCGAGCAAGGUUAUAUCAACACCCCUGCACCAUACAGCAACAUAGGCACACACAAUUCCAUUUCUACUGUUUACAAUCAUGUCACUGGCAAUGAAGCUACAAGUACCUAUAUUGCUGGUUUUGAACCCACUACAAAGUUCAUGGCAAGAAAACCAAAGAUAGUUGGUGGGAAUGCAGCCAGUUUUACCAUUCUGUCCAACUCAGAUGCUUUCCUGCCGUGUGAGGCUGUUGGAAACCCCCAGCCAGCUACAACCUGGAAACGCUUUUCUUCAACCACAGGAAACAGUUUUACUAUUAAGGGGACAAUGGACAAGUUUGAAGUUAUGAGCAAUGGGACACUGUUCAUCAAGAAUGCCAGCAUUAAGGAUCGUGGCCAAUACCUCUGUCUAGCUGAGAAUGAUCAAGGAUCAGAUAAACUUCUUGUCACCCUCUUUGUGGUGGCCUACCCAUCACGCAUACUGGAGCCAAAAAUGCGUGAAAUGAAAUCUCAUGCAGGAAAUACUGUAGAGAUGAAAUGUAAAGCAGAAGGUCGACCCACUCCCAUGAUAUCCUGGAUCCUGGCCAACCGGACCCAAGUCAGAGGUCAAAAGACAGAGACAGAAAGGGCGUCAGUAUCUGCUGAGGGGACUCUGGUCAUAGAGCAUGUGUCUGUUUAUGACAGAGGUCUUUACAAAUGCAUUGCGAGUAAUCCAGCCGGAGCAGAUACCGCUACAGUCCGCCUGCAGGUGGUGGCAGCUCCACCAGGCAUCACAGAGGAGAAACGACAGCAGCUCAAAGUUAGUGUCAGCGAGAGCCUGUGGCUACCCUGCACUGGUAAAGGCAGCCCUAGACCUGCAAUUCACUGGGUCCUUCACGAUGGGGCAAUGGUGCACUCUAACAGACCUACCCAAGACAAAAGGAUAUCAGUGUAUGAGAAUGGAACACUCCACAUUAACGAUGUGAUUUCUGCAGACAGUGGGAGAUAUGAAUGCAUUGCUACCAGCUCUACUGGUUCAGAGCGACGAGUGGUGACUCUGGCAGUCGAGAAGCAAGAGUCUACCCCUCAAAUAGUGGAGACAUCCCAGCGCAUGACUGAGUUGUUCUUUGGGGAUCAGUUAAGACUGAACUGUUCAGCAACAGGAGACCCCAAACCUAGGAUCAUGUGGAGGUUACCCUCUAAAGCUGUGGUGGACCAGUGGCACAGGAUGGGCAGCAGAAUCCUGGUCCUGGAUAAUGGUACUCUAAUUAUUAACAUUGUGAGUGAUAAAGAUGCUGGAGACUAUCUCUGUGUGGCCCGAAGCAAGAGUGGUGAUGAUCUCCAACUCAUGAGGGUCAGUGUGUCAAUGAAGCCAGCCAAGAUAGAGCCUAAUCCCUAUGGCAAGACACAGGUACCCUAUGGUAAUGAUUUGAAGGUUGACUGUAAAGCCUCAGGAGCACCAAAGCCAGAAAUCUCCUGGGGUCUACCAGAUGGUACAGUGGUCAACAGUGCUCUGCAGUCUGAUGCAAGCAGUGGAGGAGGACGAGCACGGCGCUACACUCUGUUUGACAAUGGAACUCUUUACCUAAACCAGGUUGGUAUGUCAGAGGAAGGAGAUUACACCUGCUAUGCUCAGAACCAAGUGGGCAAGGAUGAGAUGCAUGUACAUAUAACUGUGGUAACUGCUGCACCCAGGAUACGACCAACCAGCCAGACUUAUGCCAGGGUGAGGCCUGGAGGGAACAUGCGCUUUGACUGCGAAGCACUUGGCGAACCCAAACCCAAGAUUUUGUGGAUGCUGCCAACCAACGAUGUAAUUGCAGCAUCAAAUGAACGCUACCUAAUGCAUGUCAAUGGUUCUCUGGAUAUCAGGGAUGUGAAGCUUAUCGAUGCUGGGGAGUAUGUUUGCAUGGCCCGCAACCCUGCUGGAGACAAUAGAAAAGUCUAUAAGCUUGAUAUAGAUGGGAAUCCACCAGUGAUCAAUGGCUACCACAAGAACAGAACUGUUGUCAAAGAUGUAGCUGCCAAAUACUCCAGGAAAUUAAUAGACUGUAAGGCUGAAGGCGAUCCCACUCCUAGCGUUACUUGGAUUAUGCCUGAUAACAUCUUUCUUACAGCACCAUACUUUGGCAGCAGAAUUAAUGUCCACUAUAAUGGAACAUUAGAGAUUCGUAACGUGCGGCCAACUGAUACAGCAGAGUUCAUAUGCAUGGCAAGGAAUAAUGGAGGAGAGGCAGUAAUGGUGGUGCAGCUGGAGGUGACCAGAAUGCUCAGAAGGCCAAUCUUUAAGAAUCCUUACAAUGAACGUAUUGUGUCUCGGAUUGGGAAAACCACAGUUCUGAACUGCUCUGCUGAUGGACACCCAGCGCCAGAGAUAAUCUGGACUUUACCAAAUGGAACACGAUUCACUGGUGAACAUGAUCAUGGCUCUCACCACCACCUAGUCAAUGAUGGGACUUUGAUCAUCAACAACCCGCACAAAGAGGAUGCUGGUAAGUACCGCUGUGGUGCAAAGAAUUUCAUGGGCUACAUAGAGAAGCUGAUAAUUUUGGAUGUUGGGCAGAAGCCUUACAUCCUGACCAGGCCUAGAGGUAUCAUACGCAGUGUGUCUGGGGAACCUCUCUUCCUUCACUGUCUAUCUGAUGGGAGUCCCAGACCCAGGAUCCACUGGACCAUUCCUGGUGGUCACACUCUCACUCAGCCUCAAGUCCUUGGGCGCUACCAGUUGUUAGAGAAUGGUACUUUAAUUCUGCAUGAUACUACUCUCCACGAUCGAGGGAACUACAUAUGCAGAGCUUGGAAUGAUGGCGGGGAGGCAGUGCUCACUGUACCUGUUGUUAUUCUCGCUUACCCACCAAGGAUCACAGCAGGGCCUCCUCCACGUGUAAGCGCAGUAACUGGGACACCUAUCCAGCUCAACUGUGCUGCCAAUGGAAUCCCCAAGCCAGAGAUAACCUGGGAGCUGCCCGAUCAUUCAGUUCUAUCAACGGCAGAACAGGGUCGGCCUAUGGGUAGUGAGCUGCUCCAUCCUCAGGGGACACUCAUUAUCCAGAGACCCAAAGUCUCAGACUCAGGCACAUACAAGUGCCUAGCCAAGAACCACCUAGGCACAGACUCAAAGGUCACAUAUGUACAUGUACAAUUUUAGACUAUUGAAACAGGACAGAGGUUCAUCUGAGUGUAAAUAAUAACAGAUAGAGAAAUUUGCAUUGGUGAUGUACAGUAUAAGCAUUCUUACUUCUGGAUUUGUCAGGAUGAUAGCUUGUGGAAUAUUAUUUAAAAAUGAAAUAGAUAAAAAAUAGAACAAAUAGAGAAAAGAAACAGACGUUUUAAGACAUUUAACUGGAAUCCCCAGCCUUGGAUUAUAAAGUUGUUAUUUUUAACUUUUUAAAAUUGUACGUGGUUCUCAAUUGGAGUGGUUCUCUUGAGAGGAAAAGGGUCAGUGCAUAGAGUCAAAUGAUUUCUUUUCUUAGGAUACAAUUAUAACGUAUAUAAUGGGGAAGAAAUGUGUAGCAGAUUGCAAUAGAGAAAGAACACUCUUUAUUUAAGUACCAAAGAUGAUUGUACUAGUAGUUAAUUGA